CACAUUGCUGGUUCUCAGUUGCAGGAGGCGGGAUAAGAACAGAGGAGAUACAAAAAUCAGGAUAAUCCAGCAUUCAUGUAAUACUGUCCGAGCUGCAAUAUUUGUAAAUUUCCCCGGUGGGCUGCUUGUUGCGGCCCUCCAGAUGUUUUGGCCUACAAUUCCCAUCAUCCUGAGUCAGUAUACCCAAUGUCGGGGAUGAAGGGACUUGUACAGCAAAACAUCUGGAGGUCCCCAAGUUGCUUUAACCCCUGAAUUAAAGCAAGGCUUCAGGAUUUGCUACCCAGAGGGAAACAGAAGUGAUCUGACCUUCUACUACUCCUGCACUACCAGAGGAGGGUUCUAACGGGAGCCAGAAGUUAGUACUGUGGCGUGCGUUUGCUUUCUUUUCUCUUUGAAUCUAUCCAGUGAAAUCUGGAGGAAGAGCGCCUGUUUCGCUCCGGGCGGUGAGGAGGCGGGCAAGUUGGCGUUUGCUGGAACGGGAGGUUGCCAACGAUGGCGGCGCCAGGUGUACUGUCUUUGCUGAGGCGCUGCGGGAAGCUAAGAUGGAAUCUGCCUCUAUAUGCAAAAGUUUGGAUGACCCAACCUUGUAUCUAUAAAUCUUUCAAAUCAGAAGCUUUGCCAAACCUAGCCAAAAAUGGAAUGACUUGUGUUCCUCUUCAGACAUUUACAGAAGAGGAGUUAAUGAUUAAAGAAAUGGUAAAAAAGUUUGCUGAGGAGCGAGUUGCACCAUUAGUACAAAAAAUGGAUGUUGAAGCAAAAUUGGAUGAAUCUUUAUUACGAGAGCUAUUUGAACAAGGGUUAAUGGGUAUUGAUCUUGACUCAGAAUAUGGCGGAAAUGGAUCUUCUUUUUUUUCCACCAUUCUGGUAGUUGAGGAAUUAGCCAAGGUUGAUCCAUCUGUAUCACUUGUAUGUGAACUCCAGAAUACAUUCAUCAAUAAAAUGUUUACAACAUAUGGCACAGAAGAACAAAAAAGAAGCUAUUUGCCAAAGCUGGCAAAAAACAUGAUGGGUAGCAUUUGCCUUACGGAGCCAGGAUCUGGCAGUGAUGCAUUUUCCUUGAAGACUCAUGCUGAGAAGAAGGGGGACUACUAUAUCAUCAAUGGAUCAAAGAUGUGGAUUAGCUUAGCUGAACAAGCAGGGGUGUUUUUGGUGAUGGCAAAUGCGAAUCCUUCUGCAGGAUAUAAAGGAAUUACGUGCUUCAUAGUAGACCGUAACACAGAGGGCUUACAUGUUGGAAAGAAAGAGGAUAAGCUGGGAAUCAGAGCAACAUCUACAUGUCCUGUAACUUUUGAAAAUGUAAAGGUUCCAGAGAGCAAUAUGCUGGGGCAAUUUGGACGGGGCUAUAAGUAUGUAAUUGAAAUGCUCAACACAGGAAGGAUUGGAAUAGCAGCACAGAUGCUGGGACUAGCGCAAGGAUGUUUUGACCGCACUAUUCCCUAUACAAUGGAGAGGAAACAGUUUGGAAAAAGUAUAUUUGAUUUUCAGGGAAUGCAACAUCAGAUUGCUCAUGUGCUUGUACAAAUAGAAGCUGCAAGGUUGCUCACAUAUAAUGCAGCCCGACUUGCAGAAAUUGGAAAGCCAUUUAUAAAAGAGGCAAGCAUGGCUAAAUAUUACACAGCAGAGGUUGCAACUCUAACUACAAGUAAGUGUAUGGAGUGGAUGGGUGGAGUUGGCUUCACAAAAGAUUAUCCUAUUGAAAAAUAUUACAGGGACUGCAAGAUCGGCACCAUAUAUGAAGGAACUUCAAAUAUCCAGUUGAACACGAUUGCAAAAUGCAUUGCUCAAGAAUACUGAAUUCACGAGAUUUAAUGACUGUUGCAGUGAUUGCUUCACAGAAAAUUAGAAACAGCUUGCCUUAUGUGGGA